AUGAUCCUUCUUUUUUCCACAGAUGGACCUUCAGCUGUUCCUCCUGGACCUUCAGCUGUUCCUCCUGAACCUUCAGCUGUUCCUCCUGAACCUUCAGCUGUUCCUCCUGAACCUUCUACUCCCACCUCAACUCCUCCUUCCUGCAGGUGGAACUGUGGCUCACACCUCGGCAGCUGUUCCUGCUCCAGCUCCUGUCAGUACUAUGGAACCUGCUGCCACGACUACUACGAUUACUGUUAUACAAUCACACCCACUCCUGACAUCCCAGAAGAAACCCCAGAAACCACAACAACUGCUUCCUGCAGGCUGAACUGUGGCUACAACCUCAACAGCUGUUCCUGCGCCAGCUCCUGUCAGUACUACAAAGACUGUUGCCAUGACUACUACGAUUUUUGCCAAGUCACAGCUACAACACCUACUGUGAACACAACAGUUGGAGCUCCAUGUGGUGGAGAUCUGACUAACUCAAGUGGAGAAUUCUUCAGCCCCCAGUAUCCUAAUAACUAUCCUAAUAAUGCUAAUUGCACAUGGAGACUUCUGGCAUCAGAGAGACGAACUGUUAAUGUGACUUUCACGUUUGUUGAAUUGGAGGCAUGCUGUGACUCCAUCAGGGUGUAUGAUGGUCGCACUGAUGCUUCUCCACUGCUGGGUCACCUGCCUCAAGAUGAGAGACAUCACUACAGCUCCACCAGGAAUUCUCUGACCGUGGUGUUCUCAAGUGACAGCUGUGUAAAUCAUCAAGGCUUUCGGGCACAGUGGGAAUUCUCAGGUCACUGA